AUGAACAACAUGUCACCCAUGAGCACCACCGACCCCAAGAAAAAGAUCGAAAAGUCAAAAUACAUAGCCGCGGCAUAUACCGUCUCCAACCUGCUCCGCUCCGAAGAGCACAUCGACCGUACUUUCGAAUCCUUCCUCGACUGGAUGAACGAAUACGCAGCCGCGGAGAAACCAAUGCAUCUCAACACCUACAUCUCCUACCUAACCUUCGACGUAAUCGGCGAAAUCGUCUUAUCUAAACCCUUCGGCUUCCUCGCGCAAGGCAAAGACAUCGGGAACUCCAUCUCAAACUCCCUCGCUCUGAACGCAUAUAUCGCUGUAGCAGGUUACUUCCGCUGGAUCAACAUCGCCCUGCUAGCCAACCCCAUUAUGACAUGGCUGUCUAUCUUACCAAUGGGCCAUCUCUUCGACACUGUCACGUCUGUGUUGGCGGAUCGAGAGAAAAAUGAGAAUGUGAGGUAUGAUGCUGUUCAUUACUGGUUCAAGCAGCACGAGAAGCAUCCGGAUAAGUUUACUAUACGCGAGAUUGGUACGCAGGCGCUUGCGGCUGUGGGGGCGGGGUCGGAUACUGUUGCGGCGGGGAUACAGUCUUUUGUUUAUCAUAUGAUUCGGCAUGAAAAUGCGUGGGAGCGCGCGCAUAAGGAAGUGGCGAAGGCGCAGCUUAGUUUCGUGCAAGCCUGCGUGAAGGAGGCUCUUCGCAUCUUCGGUCCUGUGCCCAUGGGCCUUCCCCGCAUAGCGCCCAAAGGAGGAUUGGUCAUUGGAGAUCGCAUUAUACCUGAGGGUACUAUUGUUUCGAUCAACCCAUGGGUGAUGCACUACUCAAAGGAGAUUUGGGGUGCGGAUGCGCACGUCUUCAAUCCAGAUCGAUGGUUGAAAGCAGACAGUGCUGCCAUGGAGAAGCAUUGGAUACCUUUUGGUGCAGGUUAUGGAGGCUGCCCAGGUCAAAACAUCGCUAAGAUUGAACUCGCGAAGAUCGCAGCGACGUUAGUCAGGGACUACAAGAUCAAGCAGGUGGACUCCGCGCAAGACUGGCAGUGGAAGGCCUACUUCACGGUUGUUCCGCAUUCAUGGCCCGUAUACGUCGAGAAGAGGGUAUGA